AUGGGUUUUCAGAUGCUUGUGCCUUUCAGUCCUUGGAACUGGUUUUUCUUGCUAGUGGCCCUGAACUGUUGUGGAGCAUCUUCUGACCUGAACGAAUCCACAGAUUCCUCUGCCCAGCAUGAGGCUAACGUUCGGUUUGCUGCUGCCAGCUCCGAGCCAGCUGAGACGGUAUCUGUUUUUGCAUUGGAUUAUGACUAUGUGCAAAUUCCUUACGAGGUCACCCUCUGGAUACUCCUAGCAUCCCUUGCAAAAAUAGGCUUCCACCUCUACCACCGGCUGCCGGGCCUCAUGCCCGAGAGCUGCCUGCUCAUCCUCGUCGGGGCGCUGGUGGGAGCCAUUAUCUUCGGCACUGAUCACAAAUCGCCUCCCGUCAUGGAUUCGAGCAUCUACUUCCUGUACCUCCUUCCGCCCAUCGUCCUGGAGGGCGGGUACUUCAUGCCCACGCGGCCCUUCUUCGAGAACAUCGGCUCCAUCCUCUGGUGGGCGGGGCUGGGGGCCCUGAUCAACGCCUUCGGCAUCGGCCUCUCGCUCUACCUCGUCUGCCAGGUCCAGGCCUUCGGCCUAAGCGACGUCAACAUGCUUCAGAACCUACUGUUCGGGAGCCUGAUCUCGGCCGUGGACCCCGUGGCUGUGCUGGCCGUGUUCGAGGAGGCGCAUGUGAACGAGCAGCUGUACAUGAUGAUCUUCGGCGAGGCCCUCCUCAAUGAUGGCAUCAGUGUGGUCUUAUAUAACAUCUUAAUCGCCUUCACAAAGAUGCAUAAAUUUGAAGACAUAGAACCUGUGGACAUUUUGGCUGGAUGUGCCCGAUUCAUUAUUGUGGGGUGCGGGGGAGUAUUUUUCGGCGUCAUUUUUGGAUUCAUUUCUGCAUUUAUCACACGUUUCACUCAGAACAUCUCCGCGAUUGAACCCCUCAUUGUCUUCAUGUUCAGCUACUUGUCCUACUUAGUAGCUGAGACGCUCUAUCUCUCUGGCAUCCUGGCAAUCACCGCCUGUGCAGUGACAAUGAAAAAGUAUAUAGAAGAAAACGUGUCCCAGACAUCCUACACGACCAUCAAGUAUUUCAUGAAGAUGCUGAGCAGUGUCAGUGAGACCCUGAUCUUCAUCUUCAUGGGUGUGUCCACCAUUGGAAAGAACCACGAAUGGAACUGGGCCUUCAUCUGCUUCACCCUGAUCUUCUGCCAGAUCUGGAGGGCCAUCAGCGUGUUUGCUCUCUUCUAUGUCAGUAACCAGUUUCGGACUUUCCCAUUCUCCAUCAAGGACCAGUGCAUAAUUUUCUACAGUGGUGUCCGAGGAGCUGGAAGUUUUUCACUUGCAUUUUUGCUUCCUCUGUCUCUUUUUCCUAGGAAGAAACUGUUUGUCACUGCUACUCUAGUAGUUAUAUAUUUUACUGUAUUUAUUCAGGGAAUCACAAUUGGUCCUCUGGUCAGGUACCUGGAUGUUAGAAAGACCAAUAAAAAAGAAUCCAUCAAUGAAGAGCUUCAUACCCGUCUGAUGGAUCACUUGAAGGCUGGAAUUGAAGAUGUGUGUGGGCAGUGGAGCCACUACCAAGUGAGAGACAAGUUUAAGAAGUUUGAUCAUAAAUAUUUACGGAAAAUCCUAAUCCGAGAGAACCUGCCAAAAUCAAGCAUCGUUUCUUUGUACAAGAAGCUGGAAAUGAAACAAGCUAUUGAGAUGGUGGAGACUGGGAUACUAAGUUCUACAGCCUCUUCCAUCCCCCUUCAGGCCCAGAGGAUGCAAGAAACCAAAAGACUCUCCCCUGAAGAUGUGGAGUCCAUGAGGGACAUUCUGACACACAACAUGUACCAAGUUCGACAAAGGACCCUGUCCUACAACAAAUACAACCUCAAACCCCAAACGAGUGAGAAGCAGGCGAAAGAGAUUCUGAUCCGCCGCCGGAACACCUUCAGGGAGAGCGCAAGGAAGGGCCACAGCCUGCCCCGGGGAAAGCCGGCUGGUACCAAAAACAUCCGCUACCUGUCCUUUCCCUAUAGCCAUCCUCCGCCAGCAAGCAGAGAUGGGAGGGUGGCUGAAUUCACAGAUAUCGACGGCAGUGAUUCAGAGCUCCCAUCCGUCAUGUUCAGCACACACUCCCCUAAAGGGCCGCUUCAGGAAAGCCGACGGACACAAGAAAAAAUUCCGAUGAAGAGCUUACACAGAGGAAGGAAGCCACCCCACUCUGGUUAUCAAAGAAAUACGAGCCAAGAAGAGCACCUGGGUGGGGGCAGAAGGGCGAUUUUAAGGCCCAAACCACUCUUUCACGCCCUGGAUGAGGAGUUCAAAUCUGGGGAGGAGAGUGAGGAAGAGGCCUCAGCAAUUGGGUCCCAAUGGUCAGCGGAGCAAAGAGCCAUCAGGGCCCUCCACAGGUCCCACAGACCUUUGCUCCAAAGAAAGUAG